AUGCUUGGUACACAACAAUCAACAGGAAUGAUUGAUAUAACUAAAGAACCAAUAUCUUCUUUUAUUGCAAAUAAUUAUCGAACAGCUGAAAUUAUUGCUUAUAUGAAAAGUCUAUGUGAUGAUACAAAAAUAUACAAUAAAAUGAGAUUAAUGUUACUUGGAAAUGAACAAACAGGCAAAACAUCAUUAUUACAAGCUUUCAAACGAGAAAGUUCGAAUGUGAAUAAUGCUCAACAAAAUCAACGAAAAAAAUCCACAACAACACGUAAUUUUCCAAUUCUUGAUAUAUCAGAAUGGAUAUAUGACAAAACACCUCGUACAUCAUUAGGUCCAGUUACAUUUCGUAUUUGGGAUUUUGGUGGAGAACACGAAUUCCAAUCAGUUUAUCAAUAUUUUUUUACUCGACGUACACUUUAUAUAAUCUGUUGGAAAAUGACUGAAUAUGAUAUGAACGAACAAAUCUUUGAAACAAUCCAUAAUAUUUUAAUAAAUAUUCAAACUGUUGCACCUGGCUCAUCUGUUAUUAUUGUUGGUACACAUCAUGAUCAAAUAGUUAAAUUAAAAAAUUAUCGUCAAUUAUCAGAAAAUUUUCAAUCACUUAUCUAUCAAAAAUUUAUUGAUACAUCACAAAAUGAAAAAUUAGGUUAUCCAAAAGUACUUGAUUCACUUGAAAUUAGUAAUAAAACAGGUCAUAAUAUCAAACAACUUUGUACAUUAAUUCAUGAUAUUGCUGGACAAUUAUUAGUACCAAAUAGUAAAGAUCAAACUAUAUUUCAACAAAGAAUACCAGCAAAAUAUAUUUAUUUGGAAGAAUUAUUAGAAGAAUAUCGAUUAAAUAAAAAAAUAUCUAUAUUAAACGAUAAAGAAUAUCAAGAAUUAAUUAAAGAAAUAUCACAACGAAUAAAUCAUGUUCAAUUUCGUGAUUCAGCUGAUAUUCAACAAGCUACAAAAUGGUUACAUGAAAAUGGAAUAAUCAUACAUUUCGAAGAUACUCUAUUAUCAAAUUAUUAUUUUCUUGAUCCACAAUAUCUUGCAGAAUUAUUAGCACAAUUAGUUGCUAAUGAACAAACAAAUGGUCUUUCAAGACAUGGACUUAUGAAGAUUGAUGAAUUACCUAUUACAUUUCAAGAUGCAAAUACUUCUGUAGUCAAUAGUAUAUGCAUGCUUCUUCCUUUACUACAAAAAUUUGAUCUUGCAAUUACAUGGGAUAAUCAACAUGUUAUAUUUCCAUCAUUACUUCCAGUUCAAUUAAGUCUAAAUACAAUUUCAAGUCAUUGUCGUGCAUCAAUUAUUUCGACAUCAAGUGUUAUACAAUUUAAACAAACUUCAAAUCAACAUGAAACUUUAAAUAUUUUACCAGCUGAAAAUUCAUCUCCAUCAACUUCAUUACAUUUAAAAUAUUUAGCACGUAUAAAAAAAGAUGAUGAUAAUAAUCAAUCAUUUUCAUAUAUUCGUCGUUUUUAUCAUUUAAUUUUUAUUCCAACUUGUUUUUGGUCACGUUUAUUUACACGUUUAAUUGGAGAUAAACAAUUACAAAAAGCAUUUACAAAUUAUUUUCUUGUUGAUUUACAAUUAAAUAAUUCAAAUGAAAAAAUAAAAAAUAUUCUUCUAGCUGAAUGUUCAUGGAUUGUUUGUCAAACAGGUUUAGAACUUCGUUAUUAUGAUUGUUGUCUUUUACGAAUUAAUCAAAUUAAUUUAACAUCAUCAACAAUCGAUGAUGAUAUUUCAUAUUCAUAUUUAAAUAUGAUUUUUCAGUUUGAUACAGAUGAAGAACAAAAAAAACAAAUUUUACCUUUUAAUGAUCAAGGUUCAUUAAUUGAAAUUUUAAUCUGCACAAGUGAUUUACAAAUGGUUAUUGAUGAUAAUAAAGAUUCAAAUCCAUACGUUAUUGAAUUAAUUGUUCAACAAAAUACAAUUGCACAUAUAUUAACAAUAUUAAUGGCACAUUUUGAUACUUUAUUAGAAGAUUGGUAUCCUGAAAUGGGUACACGAUUUGUUCAAAAUUCCAAAGGUGAUUAUUUAGUGAAUCGUUUUAUUCCUUGCCAUCAAUGUUUGAUUGAAAAUAAUUCACCAGAAAAAUUUCUUUGUCACACAUUCUGGUUAGAAGCAUUAAUGAUGUUAAUUGAAAAAAAAAUGGAAGUUAAAUGUGAAAAACAUGGAGAAAUUUCAUUAGAAGCUAUUGCACCUGAUUUAAUUUUUUUGGAUUUAUCAAUGAAUAAUUUUCUUAUAUCAUUCGAAGCAAUUAAAUUAAAAAAACUUCUUGGACAAGGUACAUUUGGUACAGUUUUUGCUACAACAUCCUACAAAUCGGGUUUAGAUCUUGCUUGUAAAACGUUUGUACCAAUUGAUCCUUCAAUAACCAGCGGUCUAAUGGAUCAAAUACAUAGUGGAAAUAAAGAUGAUGAAUCUGAAAAGAAAUUAUCUUUGCGUGAUAUUGCCAAAGAAUGGAUUCGAAAUCCAAUACGUGCUGCUAGUAAAGCUUAUAUAACUUGUCGACAAGAACUUUCAUGUCUAUUAACAACUGGUUCACAUCCAAAUAUAGUUCCACUUAUUGGUUUAUGUACACAUCCAUUAAGUUUAAUUUUACAUUAUGCUCCGAUGGGAUCACUUGAAUCAAUAUUAAAAGAAUAUAAACGAACAAAUACUCAACUUGGUUUAACUGUUUAUCAAAAAUUAAUUACACAAGUAGCGAAUGCAAUUGCUCAUUUACAUACAAAUCAUAUAAUUUAUCUUGAUCUUAAAUCAGAAAAUAUUCUUGUUUGGAAUAUGCCACAACCACGUUUACCUUCAAAUGGACAAGUACUUGUUAAAUUAUCAGAUUUUAGUAUUAGUCGAGUUUUAUCACCGAUUGGUACAAAAGGUUUUGCUGGUACUGAAGGAUAUAUUGCUCCAGAAAUAGUUCGAUUUACCGGCGAUGAAUUAUAUACUGAAAAAGCCGAUAUAUUUUCAUUUUCCAUGCUUAUGUAUGAAUGUUUAUCAUUAAAUCAUCCAUUCAGUCGAAAUAAACGUGAUCAUGCAAGAGAAUUAAUUCUGCACGGCUGGCGACCUUCGUUAACUGAACAGGAAUUAUCAUCGCCAACAUUAAUUCUUGAUUUAAUGGUAGCUUGUUGGUCUGAACAUCCAAAUGAUCGUCCAUCAGCAAAGGAUAUUCAUCAAUUAUCAAGUUCAUUAGAAUUUCGACAUCUAAUGGAUGUUAUUGAAAUUGGUAGUCGAGAAGAAUUUAAUGAUUCAAAUACAUUAGCAGCUGUUUCUUACCGAGAAAUUAAUGAUAAUUAUGAAAAUGAUAAUAAUGAUGAAGAUGAUGAUGAUAUUGGAAUUCCAACUGCAGAUUGUUGGUUUGUUCGACAAUCAAAACAAAACGAACAGUCAUCAAUUGUUAUUGUUGCUUAUGAUCAAUUCAAUGCAGUUAAUCAACAGAUAAUUAAUCUUGGAAAUUGUGAAAUUCGCUGCAUUUAUUAUCAUCAACGUGAUCAUGUUAUACUUCUAGCUGAUAAUCAUAAUCUAAUUUCUAUCUAUUGUACACGAACAUUUCAAAAAUUAAAUCAUUUUCUUCUUGUACAUCAUCAAGAAAAUGGUCAUGCAGUACAUAUGACAAGUUUACCUGAAACAUCAAUUGUUUUUCUACUUUUAUCAGAUAAUUCAAUAUAUAGUAUUGAUUUACCUAUACUUUUACAUCGAAAUCGAAAUUCAAUGUCAACAAUUACUGAUCUAUGUUAUCGUUAUGUUGCUAAUGUUUCAUUACCAACAUUUAAAAUUCUUGCAUUACCAACAGCUAGUGGUCGAAAUGUGGAAAUUUGGUGUGGAUGUUCAUUAGGAAAUCUACGUAUUAUAGAUGUUCGUACUGCACAAUUAUCAGUACAAUUAUCUCAUCAUUUAGCAUCUGGAUCAAGUGCUGUGCAUUUACUGUGUGCAUCGAAAGAUUCACCUUAUCAAUAUUUAAUAUGGACAGCAAUGAAAACAGGAAGUUUUGUAUGUGUUUGGAAUCAUCUAUCUCGUCGUAUGACCAAUCAACUAGAUUGUGGACAAAUUCUUAAACGAAAAAAAGGUUACCAAUUCUUUCUCGUUUAUGUUAAAUCUCAAUAUUUUUGUAUUUUAUUAGGUGAUUCGAAUGAUUUAACUAUUGAUUCUAUUCUAUCUACUCGAUUACUUGUAUUCAUUGGUUUAAAUACUGGACAUAUUAUUAUUGUUAAAUCAUCUUCUAUACAAGUUCUAUAUACUGUUCAUGCAUAUGAUCAACAUGUAUUACAUUUAUUUGCACUUUCUCCAUCUGCUUUCUUACCAUCAACAACAACAGGAUUGCAUGAUGGACGAUUUAUAACUCAAUUUAAAUUUUUACAAGAAAAAUUUGAACAACAUCGUAUUCAUAGAGAAAAUUCACGUACACCACUAUUAGCUCGAUCUGAUAAUAAUGAUACUGAUCUUGAUAAUAUAUCAUAUAUGUUAGCUAUUGGUUAUGGCGCAAAAGCAUGUCAAUCAAUUCCUCAAUUACAACAACAUUCAUCCGAUGCAAUUUUCUUACAAACAUGGUCAUUGGAUGAUUUUAUUCUUUAA